UUACAUACAGCACUCACAUUCAACACACAGUAUCACCGGGCGCACUACCACUAGUCACUCUGCGUAAACUCUUGUCUUGGGUUGUUAAAACAUCAUAUUUUCACCGAUUAAUCUUGGAGAACUACUGCGCAGAUAUCAAGAUGGCAACUCAUGUUAUGUCCGAGAGCAUUUACAAUCUCAUCCCCCGCGAAGAGGUGAAACCUCCGAAAGAACAACGAUACCAGUCAAAGUUCCGCUCAACCGUGAAAGAGGAGAAACAGACCAACAAAUCACCAAACAAGACAAUGGGUCCAGCCAAGGUGGACCUCAAUGCACCCAAGGAUUACCUCUCUAAGCGUUCCAAGGAACCCGUCCUGCCAGAGAAAACCUCAUUUAAAUACCCAGAUGAGGACAAGCGCAAACCGAUGGUUCCCAAGAAGGAGGACAGGCCCCUGAUGGGGCUCAAGUCCAACAAGAAUUUCAUUACCACCAAUGCCGUGGAGAAUAUCAUGUCUGUGCCAAAGAAGCCAGCAGCCAACUUUGUGGACACAGCUAAAGGAUCAACACACCCUCUUGAACCAUCAGGGCUGGUGCCAAAAUAUCUGAAUAAGAAGGGCUAUGGAGAUGUACCAGACUACUUGCGCAAACGGAAUGGGGAGGUUAAGAGGGCCCAAGAGGAAUACGAUGAGUACAUCAAGGAGCACUACCGGCGGGGAGCCAUGAAGCAUCUGACGGAAGGUGAACGGCAGGCGGUCCUGAAUGGGCUUAAGAAGAACUGGGAGGAGAUCCACCAUCAAUACCAGGGGUUGUCUGUUGUAACAGAUACCGCCCCCAAGAAGGCACGCAAGGAACGAAUGGAGGCAGAAAUGAAGCAGCUAGAGAGAGACAUUGAGCUGUUGGAAAAACACAAGAUCAUCUACAUAGCCAACAACUAGAACUCUGUUUUUAUUGCUUUGACUGUUUAUUCCCUGCCAAGAUUUUUGAAAUGGUAGAAUUGGUACUUGGAAUUCGCUGAGGAAAUAGGAUUCCCUUUCACAUUCGGGAACAGCCAAAGAACUUGACAGAUUUGUGGAAGUUUGCCUUUUGUCAUGAUGUGCCCAGUUUGGCUCAGGACAGCUGUCAUGGUUGUAUGUGAAAGUUCAGUUCCAAGGCCUUUGUUGAGAAGUGGAACUGCAACUUACACUGCACCAUUUGUAUAGCAGUUACCUAUAGGCUGGGCCUGUACCCAUUUUCUUUUUCCCGAGUGUGGAAGGGUGCUAGAUUUUUAGUAUUAUGUCACGUGAUUUUCGUUAACUUGUCACUGCAAAAUAGCUGGUAAUUUUUCUUUUACAGAAUUACACUUGGUACAUGCAUUCACCGAGGGAGAAUAUCGUGAUUUUAAUAAAAUGAACUACAUUUGUACUUCCAAUAGUCGUUAUACAUGCAUCAGAUCCACCAUCAGUACCAGGUCAUGUGGUCAUAUGCGGCAUUCUGGAGAACGACAGGUUUUACUUUCACAUUUUCCAUUCACAUCUGUCAAGAAAAUGGUGCCUGUAACAAUAUAGCUUGACACAUGCACUAUAACACAUGUACAUGGGUUAUCCAUCCUAAACUUGAACAUUUUGCCAGACCGACAGUGUGACUUGAGUAUGUUUUUUUAACAAAUAUUGAGGAUUAUCUCAUACAAUUUCUUAUUUUUAAUUAUAACAACUGAUUUUCUUCCAAAUAAAACUGAUGAUGAAAAUGUACAUGUACGUGUACACUGUACAUGUAGUCCAAAAAUAUGUUCAUAAUGACUUCCUCGAGCAUUUCAUAUCCAUCCGUCCCAUUGUGUUUGUUGUAUCUGAAUUCCAUUUUAAUAGGUGCACAUUUUGUAAAUACAUUGUAAGAAUUAAAUUGAAGUUUGUAAAUAUGAAUUUUCCAUUGUUAAUAAAGUGUCUCUGUAUCAAGUACAUUCAAA